GCGUCCUUCAUGUGCAUCUUUGAACAGGCUCUACGCGACUGGUAUGUCUUCCCCCGGGUUCCCCGAAUCUAUGUAAUCGACAGGGCCAUCCGCCGUUCUGGCCGGAAAUGACACCACCGAUGUAUGCCAAUUGAUGCUGACGAUUACCCUAGAAGCAGCAGCUUUUGCGGCGUCUCACCCUCCCAAGUCUCCUUCCAGGUUGCGCCGUGCACUCGGUUUCACAUCCAUUGCAAUUGUCGCAUUUGUAGCGGGUUUCGUCUAUCCGAAUAUCCGAGCAGUGUCUCGCAUAAUGGCGUCUCCCAUUCCCACCGAUGAGGAGACUCUCACGCUCUUCCAACCGGAAGAUGAGUUCUCUCGCGAGGUUGACAAUUUCAUCAAACAUCAUCCCUUAUCAGAGGAGCUGCGUGCCAACCCUCUGUUCACCGAGUCCCGCCCACACCUGAAGAUCCCAGAGGAGAUGCGCAGGCGGAAUCUCACCGCGGGCACACUGGCUGGACCGGAUAGGAUAGUCGUGCCGCCGUACAUCUGGAGUGAGAAGGGUGGAAAGAGCAUGGUGUCGAUCUUCUAUCUUGGUUCUGAUGUAUGCGGUCACCCUGGAAUCGUCCACGGCGGUAUGUUGGCCACUAUUCUCGACGAAGGAUUGGCCAGGUGCUGCUUCCCUGCUCUGCCUAACGGCGUGGGUGUUACUGCAAACCUGAACAUUGAUUAUCGACGACCGGCGCCGGCCAAUGCGUAUGCCGUGCUGAGAGCAGAGACUACCAAGGUCGAAGGUCGAAAGGCCUGGGUAGAAGGUCGCAUUGAGACGCUGCCGGAAGAGGGUAAGGAACCGGUCGUACUAGUCGAGGCUAAAGCCUUGUUCAUCGAGCCCAAGGGAGCAGCGAACAUGCCCAGUGUGUACAAGUCGGCCUCUUCGUAAUCUGAGAAAUGGCCAGUGGACGAGGUUGGAGAGCCAGCUGAUGAUCUUGCGUUUGUACAUGUGGGAUAGGCGUCUAAUAAGGAACGGGUGCAACGACAUGGAUAUUCAUUUCUUGUCUAUAGAAGCCUAGAGUUUUGAUAUAUGGACCUGCGGGCUUAGAAUAAAUAUAGAUAUAAAUACUAGUCGAUUCAACAGACAGCCCGAGUCGUAUGAUCUACAUACCACCAUGGGGAAAGCCAAGCGGGGUGAGACAGCAGACAAGGCAGCGGACGAGAUUGUAGGGUUCCCCUUCAUAAUACCAACAUGGCACUGUGUGAAU